GUUGUUUUUGUUGUUGUCACGACUGCGUAUUUACUCGGAAUUCAACAAAAAUGGGUGAAUAACAAUCUGAAUUGAUUCUUUUUCAACAAACCUAUGCUGCUCUAGGAUGUCUUUUCAAUUUAAAUUUUCGGAAAAGAAUUUUCCCUUCCGUACUUUCUAUGUAAUUUCUUUUGAGAAUGUAUUCGAGUUGUCUUCAUAAUUUUUAUAAGUCAACGAUUAACUAGACUCGUGAAUUUACCACGAAACGAGCUCGCAUAUUUGCAAUGUCCUUGAUUCGCUUUCAAUGUACUUGACGGUGCCGGUGUGGGGUCAUUCUGAAUCUGUGUGCGCACGCCGCCGCGGCUGCAGCGCCUCCCCGCCUGUGCUCUGUCCCGAGGGGCGGGCGUGUUCCCGAGACCUUUAUUUCUUCCUUCUAUUUACCUUAGCUGGAAUUGGGGUGAAUUUGUUUUGCAGACAGCGCCAUGCUGUGUGGUUGGUCCCAUCUCGUCUCACCCGAGUCUCGCCUGCCCUGUCUGUCUGUAUUUGUGAUCCUGUAGUGAGCGGCUAUAUGCUCGUGCUGUGUGGCAGGUGCUAACCAAGGACUCCGUCACAGUCAGUGUGGAUGCCGUAAUCUAUUAUUACAUCAAGGAACCCCUGAAUGCCGUCGUUAGAGUCAGCAACUACAGCCACUCCACCCGCCUGUUGGCCGCAACUACACUGCGCAACGUCCUCGGCACGCGCAACUUGUCCGAGAUCCUGUCUGAGCGCGAAGCCAUUUCCCACAACAUGCAGUCCAGCCUCGACGAGGCCACCGAUCCCUGGGGCGUCAAGGUGGAGCGAGUGGAAAUCAAGGACGUGCGGCUGCCGGUGCAGCUGCAGCGCGCCAUGGCCGCGGAGGCCGAGGCCGCCAGAGAGGCGCGCGCCAAGGUGAUCGCGGCCGAGGGAGAAAUGAAGGCCUCCAGGGCCCUCAAGGAGGCCUCGGACAUCAUCUCGGAGAGCCCGUCCGCUCUGCAGCUGCGCUACCUCCAGACUCUCAACACCAUCUCGGCGGAGAAGAACUCGACCAUCAUCUUCCCGCUGCCGCUGGACAUCAUCUCUCCGUUCCUGAGGGGCACGACGCGUGCCGAGUGACGGGCCGGAGCAAUCGUCGGGCCGCGGCCAUCCCCGCCAUCGUCCAGCCCGCCCGCUCCGCCCGCUCCGCCGGCCACCCCCGCGGCGUAGAAAGGAUCUCACACUCACGCCCCCGCUGGGGCCGGGCCCCACUGCCACGGCAGCCGAGUCGCGGGGCUAUGGAUCACACCUGGUUUCGUCCAAGUGUCAAUUCUCAUGAAAGUGUCUCCUCCUGCGAAUCGCACUGCCACUUGUCCACCUGAUGACACGUACGACGACUCUCUUUUUAGCAGAUGAUACAUUGGGAACAUUUCACAAAACUGAAAUGAAUAAGAAAUAAUAUGAGUAUAAUAAGAAAUAGCACGACAAAUGUGUCAUUGCUUGUACUUUCAUGCGGAGUGCAAAAGUAAGGGGCAUUUGAUGUCGGCCGGCGUUCCCCCCCUAUCUUCUCCUCUACGCCAUGCCGCUAGUCCGCCGAAUUCCAAGAUAGCAAGUAACAAACGGACAAACAGCCAUAAACAAAUGACAGCAAAAUAUGAGAGAAAAUUAGGACACAGACCUAUCCUUCAAUUUAUAUCAUCUGCUUUCAAUAUCGAUUUUUGAUUGUUUUUGCCCGUCUUUCAAGUACUAAUUUAUACGAAUAGUUUGCCUUGUAAAAGGGAUUCAAGGGAAGAAUCAGACGUUUUUCUACCUAUCACUCAUGCAUGUCAUUGUAAAGUAUGUCUUUCUUAUGCUAUUUGCAACCGAUAUAUUUGUUCUGUUUAUUUACAAUUCUUGAAAAUUGUCAAUAUCAACAUAUGUAGUUAUAAGUCAUAAGUAUAAGACUGUAAUGUUGGAUACAGAGUUCGCUAACACGCGAGCGUGAUUCUCAAGCCAGGGGUUCCUGAUUCGCUGCGUGCAGCAUACACGAAGUGUAAGAAUCACGCCUAUGGCGUGAAAAUCACACUUGCGUUUCGUGAACUCUGUAUACACACUGAAUUUCUCAAUCCUGUUGGUCUAUUAAUAAAUAAUUCAACAUUAUUGUAAAAUUGCUUAUGCUAUUAAUUUUUUCUUAAUUUGUUUUCUGUGAUUCCCAUCAUACAACGUUUACAUCAUAAUCAUAUUCUUGUGAUGUAAAAUCUUGUACAGUACUAUAGCUUAAAUACUCCCAAAAUCCUGUCACUGUAAAUUUGUAAUGUUUACAAAUAACUUUUAUGAGACAAUUACUACAUUGCAGUUCAGUAUAUAUUUUAAUUUUCAUAGUGUUACAUCACUGUCAGCAACUUAAAUCCAGACAAAUUUACCAAAAAAAUUUGCUAAUGUUCAGUUAUCUUCCAAAUAGAAAACAAAACUGUUAGAACUUUGGUUUGAAAAUGUGAUAAUUGAUACCACAACAUGGUUGUUCUAAAGCUCAUCUCUACACUCAUGUAGAUUUCUUUUACUUAAAUGACUGCAAUGCAACAAUUAUACUUCUACACUGACGGUGCUGGGAACAAAUAGUGUUUUGUAACAUUUUUGUAAUUAAAACACUGAGUCAGUUUUCUCUUUGUUAUGUUAGAGGUAAAACAAUCAACAGCAUCUCGCUCUCACAAAUUCAGUUUGAGAAAUAUGCAUGUUGAUGAGCAUUUGAUAAGCAGGGUUCAAUCAUUGAACUGAGCCUAUUAAUCAUUGUGAAAUUGUCUUUCAGUAAACCACAAGAGUGAACAGAAUACAGGUUAAAGUCUAAAAUAAUCCUACUUUUAAAAAAGGGUAACCUGUUACUGUUUGUAGAGUAUGCAUAACUUUUUUUGACCCUUUUAUCAACAUGUACCUCAUUUGGAAAUGAAAAAAAUUAUAUGUAAUGUUAUAAAUUGGCUAGAAAUUAAGUAAGUUAUCAAGGGCCAUGUUUGGUGCCUUUAUGACAAAAGCUGAGUGGUGCUGUACAUAGUUAUCAAUCUUGAGUAAUAUAAUAAGCAAUUAUGACUUAGAAUAUAUGCACUCAAGAUGUUUUCACAAAGUUUUGACUAUGUUCUUAAAUUAUUGUGUGUUUUGCAGCUUUCUUCACAAUUAAUGAAAUAGGAUGACCAAAAUAAAACAUACCAGAAGAUUAGCUUGCAUGAA